AUGCUGUGCCACAACAGGGUGGGGGUUUACUCACACCGUGUAUCCUGGUGUCAGUGUCCUGGAGCUGAGAUGGACAGACACCUACAUCUCCUCAAAGCGAGGUUAUUUCCUCCCAGCAUCACUCGCCCUCAAUCUGCUUUCACCUUCGACGUUCUGGAUAACUUCCUCAUAGACACUUUGGAGUGCAAAACCUCAGCUAUGAGUCCCCACCAAAAGCUAUGUCAUUUCACCAACAAUGCUUUCCCUCAUAAAAUACCUGAUCGUUACCGUGAACUAAUGCAGGUGUCCCGUAUAUGGAGGGAUUUGAUGAAUAGAAUACGGUUUGGGGAUUUAGCUCUUUAUUGUCCAACGUGUCCUCAACCUGGCAUCAACUUACCCUCAUCUUGGAAGGAUUCCUAUGAUGAUUGGUUGGGGUUGGUAAUGCAAAGAUAUGUUGUCAAUGGAAAUUUUACAGCGCAACAUAUGAAGAUGAAGACUCCGGAAGAUGAUGUUUCACUGGCGGAUGGAAAGGGAUACAUGGUAACAGAGGGACCUUAUGAAACUCACAUAACAGAAUCUUGGAGCAUCCACUUCCAUGAACGUGUGGAUCAGAGCUAUCGCCUGUCUGUUCCUCGAUCAAUAAAAAUUUUGCCAGCAAUUGGCAAGUUUCAUUUGAGUGCCCAUAAGCUACCAUGCUUUGCCAGAUUCAGCCUCAAUUUUAUUACAGGAGCUGGUCAUGUUGAUGGAGAAAUCUUGGAGACCCUCUGGGCUCCAUUUAACAAGAUUUCUCCAACUGCAAGAUCCAUGACUCUCUCUCACAGAAAGGAAGUCUUGGACGACCAUAUGAGGGAUUCUAAUUGGAGGAAGCUUGUCAGAAUUGGCAAGUCCUCUUUACCUCAAAAAUGUUAA